GAUCUUCCAUCAUGGCUGGUGAAAGGAGAAAUGGAAAUCUGCUAGUGCAUGUUGGGCCCAAGCUGCAGGCCUAUCCUGAGGAGCUGCUCCGGCAGCGUCGGGGCCAUGAUGGACACACUGAAUACUUGAUUCGUUGGACAAUCCUUAGUUUAGAUGACAGUAUAGGGAGCAACACAAAUGCUGUUCCUGAGAACAAAACAGAGAAUAUUCUGAUGUGGAUGUCAGCUGAAGAAGUUUAUGCCAACUGCCCCACGCUACUGGGCAAGAGGAAACCAGAAGGGCAGCGGGUGAAAGAGGAGAAGGCGCCUAGCACAUACCCAUCUGAUGUGACGCUGGAUGAGGCCUCUCUUUUGGAAAUGAAGACCGAUGUCAGGAACUUGGUGCAGCGAGCUGCUCGGCAGAUGGCACGUACAACAGGACCAGAGUCUUCCAUCCUAAAUACCAUACAUGUGCUCAGUGCCUAUGCCAGUAUUGGCUCACUGACUGGUGUCUUUAAGGAGACAGGUGCCCUGGAUCUGUUGAUGAAGAUGCUGUGUAAUGAAGAGAAGCAGAUCCGUCGCAGUGCUGGCAAGAUGCUGAGGGCUCUGGCUUCACAUGAUGCAGGAAGCCGAGCCUAUGUUCUCUUGUCCUUGAGCCAGCAGGAUGGCAUUGAACAGCAUAUGGAUUUUGACAGUCGCUACACUCUCCUGGAACUAUUUGCAGAAACUACAUCCUCUGAAGAGCACUGCAUGUCCUUUGAAGGAAUUCAUCUUCCUCAGAUUCCAGGAAAGCUGCUAUUUUCCCUGGUGAAACGCUACUUGUGUGUCACCUCCCUCAUGGACAAGCUCAACAGCACCACAGAACUGGGAGGGGAGCGCCAAGACUGUGCAACCUCCAGUGCAAACUUCGGGGAAAAGAGCCGUGUGCAACGGGAGUUUGAUUUCAGCAUGGCCAUGGCUAACCUCAUCUCAGAGCUUGUGCGGGUAAUGGGCUGGGAUCACAGUCAAGAGAGGGAGCUUCUGUCUCUGAGGGAGAUUCAGCCUCGAGUUGUUCGUUCCAUCUUUCAGCCAAAGGGUCCCACUUGCACUGCUGUUCAGGUGCCUCUGGUAACUCCGAAGCCUUCACCACGGAAAAAAACAGGGAAUGUGUUCUUGACUUUGUCAGAUUUCUCCAACCGCAGCAACUAUGUAGAAUAUGUGCAGGAGAAUCUGAAACCAGGGAUGACUGUGCGCAUGCUGGAAGACUAUGAAGAGAUCAGUGCUGGAGACAAGGGAGAGUUUCGCCAGAGCAAUAGUGGGAUGCCUCCUGUACAGGUAUUAUGGCAAUCUACAGGACACACCUACUGGGUACACUGGCAUAUGAUAGAGAUUACUGGAUUUGGGGAACAGCCAGAAGAGGAGGCUGCCCAGGAUAAGGUAUCUAGUCUAGCAGAGAACCUGAAACUACCUGCAGUUACUCGGACAUUCUACUGUAAGCCACUUGGGGGUCUUUAUUCUCUGCCAUACCUGACGGAUGAGAUGAGUGAACACACUGGAACCCUCAGCCGGGCUGAAUGGUGGGAGCUGCUUUUCUUCAUUAAGAAACUAGAACAGCAUGAGCAGCAAGAAGUAGUUCACUUCAUCCAGCAGAAUCACAAAGAGCAGCUGUUGGAACUAGAUGAAGAAGGCUUGAUCCAGCUGUCUGUGUCAGUAGAGCUGGCUCAGAAAGUGCUGCAGCUGCUGAGUAAGCUGUGCCAGGGCUGCACCCGAAAUGACCUGCAGAGCUCCCACAUCUAUCUCAAGUAUUCCUUCAGCAAGGGAAGGGCAGAACAGAACUGCCAAAAUGGGGAUGUGACCCUUCCAGAGUGUGGUAGCCUUUCUGAAGCCAUGGCAUCCAAAAAGCCAAAGAAAGAGCAGUUCUCUGCUGAAUUGCCUUCUACAGCGCCAUCCACAACAGAGAAAACUGACACACAGUUGAUUAAUGAGCUCCUCAAAGUAGAAGGACUUGCCUUCCCAGACACACUGGAUGAGAAGGUUAAAGUCUUCUGCAGUAUGAAGUUGACGGGGAAGAGGAGCUCCUUGGAAAAAAUAGCAGACAUUGGGGAUAUCAUCCAGAAAUCAAGCUCUGAAGUUGCGCUGCAAAUGGCUGGUCUCAGGCUCAUCACUAAGCUCUUGGAGGAGGAACCUGGUCAAGCAAGACAGGUCAUCAAAGCAGAUGGUGGACUCACAGUCAGGGAGAAAAUGGUGAAAAUGCUAGUGGAGCUGCUCAGCAAUCAGUUGAAGGAGAAGCUGCUGGUGGUGAUGGCGCUGCGAUUGCUUUACGUGCUUGUAGCGAAGUAUGACUGGCGGGUUCUCUUCGCUACGGAAGGUGGGGUGCGUGCCGUGUUGGGCUGUAUGCAGGAGUACCCCACAUCAGCACUGGUGCAGCAGGCCGGCUUGGCUGCAUUGAAGGUGCUGGUGGGUGCUGGGAAUUGUGAGCUGCUGGGUACCAGUGGGAAGUCCUACCCUCUGAACCACUCUGAUGCCCAGAUGAUGCGGGAGAUCUUUGCCAGCAUUGGCUCUGCUUCCAGCAAAGACUCUGACAACUUGCUUUGUGCCAUCCCUGCUGCUGUUCAGAAGAUGUUGGAUACAUCUGGGGCUUCUUCAGCCGUGCAGAAUGGGCUUUUGGUGUUGAACAUGCUGAUCAACAAUCACAAGGGCCUGGCAGAGCAACUGGGAAACUCUGACCUCCACUCAGUCUUGCAAAACUGCUGCCGCUCAGGCCAGAGCUCCAAUGAGAUGCUGGCUCGAAUAGUGCUCAACCGCCUGGCUGAGCACAAACUGCCCCUGAGCCAGGAAAAUACAGAUCCCGAGGCUACCUUUGAGCUCAAGGACAUGGAUGUGCCAGCACUGUUAAGCAGCCUCCGUGACACCAGCUUUUCGAAGGAGGUGGUGCUGGCACUGGAGCGCUGCCUUUGUGAUGAGGGGGUUGGCACCGAGGGAGAUGGCUCUGAGUUUUUGCCAGACCGUGAACACUUCUUACUGCUGUUGAAAACCUUGGAACAACUGGGAGCAGAGAAGUCUGUACAGCUGGGGGUAUUGAGGAUUUUGAAUAAAUUUUUGGACUGUUCCAAAGAGGACGUGUUGCCCUGGCAUGAGUGCAUUAAGCCCUGUCUGUCUUCUAUGAGUGUCCACAGCAAUGAGCGGGAGGUUGUGCAGGAAUUUAUUCGUUUCCUGCAUCGUCUGGCCACCACCAACAAAGACUGUGCAGUGGUGAUGUGUCGUGUAGGCACAAAGGAUGCAUUGACGAAAGCUAUGGACAAGCACAACUCCAACCUCUUGCUGGUGACAGAGCUGCGUGACCUCGUGACAGACUGUGAAAAAUACGCCAGCCUUUAUAAGAAGAUGACAACCAGCAUCCUGGCUGGUUGCAUCCAGAUGGUCCUUGGUCAGAUAGAGGAACACAGGCGUAGUCACCAGCCUAUCAACAUCCCCUUUUUUGAUGUGUUUCUGCGCAAUCUUUGCCAGGGGUCCAACGUUGAAGUGAAGGAAGACAAGUGUUGGGAGAGAAUAGAAGUCUCUUCCAACCCCCAUCGGGCCAGCAAGUUAACAGACAGGAAUUUGAAAACAUACUGGGAGUCAAAUGGCAGUACUGGAUCCCACUACAUCAAUGUUUAUAUGCACCGGGGAGUGGUAGUUAGGCAGAUGACUUUGCUAGUGGCCAGUGAGGAUUCCAGCUAUAUGCCAGCUCGGAUUGUGGUCAUGGGAGGGGAGAAUGCAUCCAGCAUCACUACUGAACUCAACACUGUAAAUGUCCUACCUUCAGCCAGCAGGGUGGUUCUUUUGGAGAACAUGAUCCGCUUUUGGCCUAUCAUACAGAUUAAAAUCAAGCGUUGUCAGCAGGGUGGGAUUGACACCCGUGUGCGUGGCAUUGAGGUGCUGGGCCCCAAGCCCACUUUCUGGCCAAUCUUCAAGGAGCAGCUGUGCCGGCGCACGUUCCUCUUCUACACCACCAAAGCCCACACCUGGUGCCAGGAAAUCGCUGAAGACCGGAGGCAGCUGCUGCAGCUCUUCAACAGGCUGAACAGUGCUCUGCACCAUGAACAAGACUUUGCCGAUCGCUUCCUUCCUGAUGAUGAGGCUGCUCAGGCCCUGGGCAAGACCUGCUGGGAUGCUCUAAUCACCCCCUUGGUGCAGAGUAUCACCUCUCCAGACCCCAGUGGCAUCAGUCCCCUGUCAUGGCUUCUGAGCCAAUAUCUGGAGAACUUGAAGGCAGCCGCAAGGGCCAAGAAACAAGCCGCCAUUUUCAACUCUCGCGUGCGGCGACUGAGCCACCUGCUGGUGCACGUGGACUCCAGUAGCCCUGAGACUGAGGAGCUGAAGGCCCCUGUAAAAUCCAAUGGGAAGAAUGGGAAGAGCAAGGAGUCGAGCUCUGGGGCUGCCAAGCCGGUGGAGAAGAAGCCCAGCAGCACAACCGGCAUCACGCAGUGCUGGAAAGGGGUGGUCCAGCAGCAGGUGAAGCGGUUCCUGGAAUCCUCCUGGCAGGACCCUGACUUUGUGGAGCAAUACUGCAACAUCUACCUGCGCCUGCGCACUGCCAUGGAGGAGCUUUUUGGGCAGCAGAUGUGCUUCAUGCUUGCCCUGCGGCAGGGCUUCUCGGGAGGGCUGCUGCAGCUCUCCUUCCUGACGGCCAUGCACGUGAGUGAGCAGUUUGCCCGUUACAUCGAUGUGUGGAUCCAGAAGAGCUGGGCAGACUCGGGCAACGUGGAGACCCUGCAGCGCCUGCAGCGGAGCCUGGAGCCUGUUCUCUUCCUGUCCGGUCUGGAACUGACCAACACCUUUGAGCAUUUCUACCGGUACUACCUGGGCGACCGGUUGCUGUCCCAGGGCAAGACGUGGCUGGAGAGCGCUGUGGUGGAGCACAUCGGGCUCUGCUUCCCCAACCGUUUCCCCCAGCAGAUGCUGAAGAACCUGAGUGAGCUGGAGGAGGAGCAGCAGCAGUUCCAUCUCUUCCAGCUGCAGCAGCUGGACAAACAUCUACUGGAACUGGAUCAGGAUGGGAAAUACGAGGAGGAGGAGGAGGGGGGAGAGGUAAUGGAGGAGGAGCCAAACAGUCAGGAGGAAGAGCCGGAGGUGAAAGUGCUGGCUUUGUCUCCCCGCUGCUGGACCAUCUCCCCGCUCUGCUACCUGGAGGAGCCGGCCAGAUUUUUCCCACCAUCUCUCAGUCAGCACUUGGGCAGGUUUGCUGACUUCUAUACCCAGAGUCAGAGCCGUUUUGGGCUGGAGCACACAAAGCCACGGCGCUUACAGUGGACAUGGCUAGGCCAUGCUGAGCUGCAGUACCAGGGCUGCAUCCUGCACGUGUCCACCCUGCAGAUGUACAUCCUUCUGUGCUUCAACAGUGCUGAGGAAGUUUCUGUGGAGACACUGUUAGAAGCCACUAAUCUCUCCCCUGUCCUCCUUGGACAUGCACUGAAACCUCUGACAAAGGAGAAUGGUAUCUUGUCCCAGAAUCAGAGUGUUUUGAAGCUGAAUGAGGGAACAUUGGCCCAGGCAUCUGGCCAGCGCUUAUGGCUGUUGCCCAAACAGACAUAUUUGAAUGUGGAGGAAAAUGAGGGUAGUGCCCUAGAGAAGAAGAGGAACAUUAUCUGCUGCCUCCUUAUCCAGAUCCUAAAAGAGGAAAAGGAGAUACACAUUGACAAUCUGGUGUUCAGGGUGAUGGAUGCCUGCCAGAAAUGGGAGUCCAGCUCAGCUCUGAAAUUCCUGAGCUUUUGCUGCAGCAGCACUGAUGUCCUGUCCUGUAUCCUUCAUCUGCUAAAUCAGGGCUACAUUCGGCGCCAGGAGGACAGUCCUCAACUGCUCGAGUAUGUUUCUGCAGAGCCUUCCACACCUCACCGAGGCCAGGCUCAGCUGAUUUUUCAGAAUGCUGAUUGCCAGAACAGGAAAAACUCUUUUGGGACAGAUGUAAACAACAAGAUCUCUCCUUUCAGAUUAGAUACCUUCAGACUUGGCACGGAAGAGGUUCUGAUGGAGACAGUGCUGUUGCCCAGAGGACGCACAAUGAGCCAAGAAGAGGUUGAGGUGCUGAUGACUCAGACUAUACAGAGGGUCUCAGAUACUCUGAGUGUGUCUGCAGACAUAGCACAGCACUUGCUCAUACACUGUAAAUGGAAUGUAGAUGUGCUCAUUCAGCGCUAUACAGAGGACGCAGAGCAGCUGCUGUUUUCCUCAGGGCUGCAAGUGCGAAAUCCCCAGCCACCCUUGGACCCUGUUACACACUGUCCAGUAUGUGUGAAUCAGCUGACCCCAGAAGACAAUUCACCUGUUCUCUGCUGCUUGCACUACUGCUGUAAGGCCUGCUGGAAUGAAUACUUAGCAACUCGGAUUGAACAAAACCUGAUUUUGAAUUGCACAUGUCCCAUCGCUGACUGCCCAGCGCAACCCACUACUGACUUCAUCCGCUCCAUCAUUUCCUCUAAAGAGGUCAUUGCCAAGUAUGAGAAAGCUCUCUUAAGAGGUUAUGUCGAGUGCUGUUCGAACCUGACCUGGUGCACCAACCCUCAGGGCUGUGAUCAGAUCCUCUGCAAGGAAGGACUUGGUUGUGGAGAAGCCUGCUCAAAGUGCUCAUGGAUCUCCUGCUUUAACUGCAAUUUUCCAGAGGCACACUACCCUGCCAGCUGUAGCCACAUGUCCCAAUGGAUGGAUGAUGGAGGAUAUUAUGAAGGAAUGACUGUGGAAGCUCAAAGCAAGCACCUGGCCAAACUCAUCUCCAAGCGCUGCCCAAGCUGCCAAUCUCAAAUAGAGAAGAAUGAGGGAUGUCUUCACAUGACUUGUGCCAAAUGUAACCAUGGAUUUUGUUGGCGUUGCCUGAAACCUUGGAAGCCAACCCACAAGGAUUAUUACAACUGUUCUGCUAUGGUGAGCAAAGCAGCUCGGCAGGAGAAGCGUUUCCAGGACUAUAAUGAAAGGUGCACUUUCCAUCAUCAAGCGAGGGAAUUUGCCAUGAAUCUGCGAAAUAGGGUUUCAACUAUCAGUGAUGUGCCACAGAUUCGGACCUUGACAUUUGUUGUUGAUGCCUGCAAAAUGCUGGAACAGGCACGGAAAGUGCUGGCUUAUUCCUGUGUGUACAGUUACUAUAACCAAGACACUGAAAAGAUGGAUAUUAUGGAACAGCAGUCAGAGAAUUUAGAGCUGCAUACCAAUGCUCUACAAAUUCUUUUGGAGGAGACAUUGUUGCAGUGCCAAGAUGUUGCUUCCUCCAUUCGACUGCUGAAAGCAGAGGAUUUUAAUACAGGUCUGGAGCUGGUACGCAGGAUCCAGGAACGGCUUCUUGCAAUUCUGCAGCAUGCUACUCAGGAUUUCCGCAUGGGGUUCCAAACCCGACAAAGCUCUGAACAGAGGGAGAUGAAGUUAUCCAAUGUACCUAAUGCUACUCCUGCUUAUAAAGCGUUGACUUUUGAUGAGGGAUCUGAUUCACCUGACACAGAUGAUGGGGGCAAAGAGGAAGAAGAUGAGGAUGAGGAUGAUGAAGAGUAUGUCCCUGAAUGGCAGGAAGAGUAUGAUGAUGAAGAUCUUGAUGAUGACAACAUUUCCUAUGAUGAUGAAUCAGAGAAUCUGGAGAGGGAUUCUUUCUUUUUUGAAGAUGAGGAUGAAGUUUAUGAUUAGACUUGACCUUCAGGCAGCCCAAAGUGAAGUCUCACCUGUCGUCACUCAGGAUGGCUUUGUCCUUGAAGCACCUUGCUUCUCUCAUUGCCAGCAACAGCAGAGAGAGGACUACUAGGUUUCAGUCAAGCAAGAGAGAGUUUGCAUGGUAGUUUACCACAAAAGGAUGCUUUCUACUUUUGAGUUAGCUGCCAUGUGACUCGGGGGGAGGGGGGGAUUACAGGAUUGCUGUCCCUGAUUAUAUAUGAACAUCAUCAGUUCUUGGCAAAAAAUAAAGUUACUGUUUCCUUUGAGCUUUCUUCAUGCCUUCCCUUUGGAGAAUAAAGUCAGGUACCAGUCUGGAAACAGGUCCAACCAUUGCCUCUCCUCUACCUUGAGAGAUCAAGGAAGCACCACAGGUCAUCAGUGUUUGUGAAACGUUGUUAGGUUGUGCACCACUCUUGCCUGUAUUUCCUGUUCCUUCUAAUGGUCAUUUGCUGCUGUCUUGCAGGAAAUCCAGUCUUGGCAGAAACUACUUGACUUUAUAAUCAAGCCUGACAGUGGCUUAAAAUGCCAAGAAAAAGCAGGAACAUGGGCUUAUAAAUACCAGCAGUGAUGUUUCAUGUGGUAAAUAUGUGGAUGUACUAAUGCACGUGCACACACACAAAAGACGUAUGCACACACAGUUUCUUAGUGGGGUUUCACCCUGCUCAAGUGAUUCUUAUUUCUGAUCUAGCAGAAGUCUAUAAACUAGGAAUGAGAAUUUUCACUUGGUUGCAGUGUGAAGUGUACAGAGAAGAAAGACCACUUAACUAGGUGAUUUAGGUCAUUGUGGUUGGAGAUGAGGGCCAAUAGAAUUAUUAAACAAAAUGUCUCAAAUUGAGCCAAAGGCCCCUGCUGUGAGCCUGAUGGAUGAUUCAGUGGGUUGCUGGUGCUCUGAAUGGACAUGGCUAUGUGUGCAUCUCUCUCAUUGAGAGCUGAGUUUUCUGUAAUUUUUGUCAUUGGAACUGUUGCCUUCUCUUCCUACAGAUGGGAGUUCCACAGGAUAUAGAGGCUCAGAAGGUUCGUAUGUAUAUUAUAAAUAUAUACAUGUAUAUAUAUAUAUGCAGAAGAUUAAAUUGUGCAGAUUAUUAUGCUUUAUCUUUUCUUGAAAAUGAAAAAAAUCCUGAAAGAACAAGGUGAUAUAAAUAAACAGUUUUUCUUCUA